AGAAAUAUUGCAUUUCAUCGCUUGCUCACCAAUGGAUCCUCUGCAGUGAAUGGGUGCCGUCAGAAUGAGAGUACAAACAACUGAUAAAAACAUCACAAUAAUCCACAGUACAUCAGUUAAAAGUCUUGUGAAGCAAAAAGCUGCGUGUUUGUAAGAAACAAAUUCAUCAUUCGGGCAUUUUAAAUUUAAACUGUUGCUUCCAGCUAAAAUAUGAGUCUAUAAUCCAUAAUAACGCCGGUGAAAACGUCCAUCUCCUGUUGUCCUCUCACAUCAAAAUCAAUCAGCAAAUUUGUUUAGAGCUGUUUUGGACCGUUUCGCUUUUGAAAGCGGUGCUUGAUCUCUGCAUAUUUCUCUCCUGAUUCAGAUGAGACGACUUUUUCACUGGAGAAAGCAUUAUUGUGGAUAGAGCACUCAUAUUUUAGCCCAGGGUGUCAGACUCAGUUCCUGGAGGGCCACAGCCCUGAAGAGUUUAGAUUCGAUCCUAAUUAAACACACCUGAUCCAGCUAAUCAAGUCCUUCAGGCCUAUUUUAAAACUACAUGGUUUGUGUGUUGGGGCAGGGUUGGAACUAAACUUUGCAGGGCUGUGGCCCUCCAGGAACUGAGUUUGACACUCCUGUUUUAGCUGGAAGCAAUGGUUUGAUGUUAAUUGAUGGAUUGGCUUGCUUGGGGAUUAUUGUGAUGUUUUUCUCAGAUGUUUGGACUCUCAUUCGGACGGCACCCAUUCACUGCAGAGGAUCCAUUGGUGAGCAAGUGAUGGAAUGUUACAUUUCAAUCAAAAUCUCUUCCCAUGAAGAAACAAACUCCUCUACAUUUUGGCUGGUCUAAGGAGACUUGUCAGAGAGAAACGACAGAAGUGUUUGGAGAGAUCUUACACCCCUUUUUCUACGUUAUCAUCAGUACUUGUGUAGCGUGGGGGCUCGUGCCAGGGCCCGGUAGGAGCCGGCACCAUUGCGUCCAACAAGUGGAGUGCCAACGGCAGCCCGGAGCAGGGGCUGGAGGAUGGGGGUGAUGAGCUGGACAAGGCCCUAGAUGGAGACGCCGAAGGCGUGUGGAGCCCUGACAUUGAGCAGAGCUUUCAGGAGGCACUGGCUAUAUAUCCGCCCUGUGGCCGGCGCAAGAUCAUCCUGUCGGACGAGGGAAAGAUGUACGGUCGCAAUGAGCUUAUUGCCAGAUACAUCAAGCUGAGAACAGGCAAAACCCGCACAAGAAAACAGGUAUCUAGUCACAUACAGGUGUUAGCACGGAAGAAAGUUCGAGAGUAUCAAGCAGGUAUAAAGGCCAUGAACUUGGAUCAAGCGUCCAAAGACAAGGCUCUCCAGAACAUGGCGGCACUUUCCUCCGCUCAGAUCGUGUCUCCAAGUCUAAUCAAAACACCUCUUCCGCCUCUUCCACAGUCCCCUUACCCUCCAUCUGCACGGUUCUGGCCGACCCCUAUCCCAGGUCAACCCGGACCCUCUGAGGAGCUGGUUCUUAAGCACAAUCCAGGAAGAAGUCCUGGGCUUGGCCGCAACAGCUAUGCCAUCAAGCCAUUUGUACAAACUCCUUACUCAAACAUACCUGGACCUGUUCAACCACCCUUAGCGUAUGAGUCUCUGGCCCCUCCUCUCCCGCCUGUUGCCACUGCAGUGCCUGUGUGGCAGGAUCGCACCAUCGCCUCCUCCAAACUGCGUCUUCUGGAGUACUCCGCGUUCAUGGAGGUCCCGCAGGACCAGGACUCUUACAGCAAACACCUGUUUGUGCACAUUGGCCAGACCAAUCCCUCCUACAGCGACCCUCUGCUGGAGGCAGUGGACAUCCGACAGAUCUACGACAAGUUCCCCGAGAAGACAGGAGGACUCAAGGAGCUGUACGAGAAGGGCCCUCAAAACGCCUUCUUCCUCGUCAAAUUUUGGGCGGAUCUGAACAACAGCGGCCUUCAGGAUGGACCAGGCUCCUUCUACGGAGUCAGCAGUCAGUACAGCAGCUCGGAGAACAUGACCAUCACAGUCUCAACCAAAGUCUGCUCUUUCGGGAAGCAAGUGGUGGAAAAAGUGGAGACAGAGUACGCUCGUGUCGAGGGAGGGAAGUGCUUGUAUCGGAUCCAUCGUUCUCCCAUGUGCGAAUAUAUGAUCAACUUCAUCCACAAGCUCAAGCACCUGCCUGAGAAAUACAUGAUGAACAGCGUUUUAGAAAACUUCACCAUCUUACAGGUGGUGACCAACAGGGAAACCCAGGAGACUCUACUGUGUAUAGCGUUUGUAUUUGAAGUGUCGACGAGUGAACACGGGGCACAAUACCACGUCUAUAGGCUCAUUAAAGACUAGCGCCGCCGCCAGCUGUUCUGACAACAGACUUCUGUUGCUUUGCACAGUCCCUCCGUCACACGUAUGGAGAAAUAUGCCAAAUUGUCCAAACAUCAGAGGAAUACGCCAAAAUGUUACAAAAAACCAAAUGUUUUGCUUUUGUUCUAAACCUGGUACAGAAUUUGAGUCUUUGAGAACAUAAAAAAUAUAGUAUUACUCUGUUAAACAAAAAAAACUUUUGUAUUUGUUUUUAAAUGCCUUAAAUACAAAAUGGGUCACGUUGGUUUUGUCGCAUAUACAGAUCAUAGAUGUCUUUUAAGCUUUGUUGUGUCUCCACAGAGGGAAUGUGAAUGUGUUUUGAUGGGAAAGAAUGUCAUGAAAGACAACGUGUGCCGUUUAUAAGCGGUACAUGCAGCAUUUUACAGUGAUAUAAGGGUGAAUCUCACAAAGAAAUGUCUCAUUUUAACCCUAAAAUCAGAAGGAAAAAUUAAUGAAGGCUAUUUUUAGGACAAAUUUUGCAUGUUAUUUUCAUGAACCACACUUUUUCUCCCAAAAUUCUUAUUGUAACGAAAGACAAAAUGCUAUUGUCAUUACUCUUAAAACAGUCAUUUUUAAAAAUGAAAAUUAGCAUAAAGGCAGUGCUGUUUUUUGCAUUACACUAAAAAGAUUUGGGAAGCAAUGUGAUUAAUUUUCAUAAUGCAAUAUAAUGUCAUAAUGCAAAACAAAAGUCCUAAAAAUAAGUUUGUUUUCUUUAUGCAUUUUCAUAAAGAAAAAUUUUUUUUUUUUUUGAUUUUGGGGUCUUGCUAGGUUUUGUGAGAUUUUACCGGAUUUGUAAAUGAGGACCAGGUCGGCCAGCGGAGGGUUUACGUUCAUCUUUAUAAAGGACAGACGUACUGCAAACACAAUGCAGGUAAAGUUCAGGAAAACGAUGCCUGGACUUUAUUUAACCGAAUAACUGCAGAUGUUACUUGUUUCAUCGGCUGUCCUUUGAACAAGAGAAAAGGCGUCAGAAACCGUUUUGCAGGUACUAAAGGAUUUUGAGUAGUUGACCCAAAUGUGAGUGCCUUUCUUCAAAGAACACAAAUCGAUUGAUACUCUGAAGUGCCUUUUGACUACCUCUUGACGUAAAAUAGUAGGACUAGAAAAAGCGAUCAAUUUCUUUAUGCUACAAGGUGACAAAGUAUUUAACUCUGCUGUUCAUCGAAGCUUUCACGAGAUGCAUGAACUGAGGAAAGGUCGGAUUGUUUAAAAGUCAAGCCUGAAUGUCACUCUGGUACAAACAAAGUGCUGCCCAUCGAGAUUUUAAACAUUUAAUCCUGGAACAAUACCUCGAUAGAGUUUGUUUUAUGUCUUUUUAAAUCGGAGGACGUUGCAUUGCUGUCGUAUCUGGUGCUUUUUAAACCCUUGAAGAGGAUGUUUGCAUUUCCAAGCUGUUUCUUACUCAUGUCUUUUUUUUUUUUCACCAUCACAAUGUAUUUGCACUGUGUACUUUUUUUUUGUUUGUUUUUGUUUUAUUUUGCAUCAAGUACAUUUUUCUCUGAAUUACAUGUCAGAUCCUUUAGUUUUGGGUUCAAGCAUCAGUUUUUCUUGUAUUCCUGGUGUUCAAGUGUAAAAGGGAUAGUCAUUAAUGUCACCCUGUAUACGUCAGCACAGAUGUGUGUUCUUCUAGUUCUUAUGGUUUGUGCAUCUCUCUGAAUCCUCAAGUCGGGAAUCUUGUAAAAUGUAAAAAUAUAAAACUUUUUUUAUAACAAGAAUGCACCAGGUGUUCGACGUGGAAUUACAGAAAUAUGCCAUUUUAACAGUGCUGAACUGAAUCAUGUUUUGCUACUACUGAAAAUGUAAUGUUUGUUUUCCCAUUAGAGAACUAAAAACUUGAAUUUUCGACCAGAUUCAAUGUUUCAAAUGUCUUUUUUUGUUGAAGCCAUGUAGUGUUUUUGUUCCACUGGCCCCUAAAAUUGAAAGACGGCACCGUUGGUAUGGAUAAUGUUCUUGGGAUGGUUGUUAGACAUGAGUUGGUGCUCGCUGAUAGCAGUUUUAUGUCUAGAUGCGUUCUGAUGGUACUGCUAAUUCUUGGGUACACCUUAAAAACAGAAAUGUAAUGUAUAUUGGUACAGCCUUAACCUACUUUUUUUUGUGUGUGUUUGAACUUCAGUGACGACAGUUUCCUCAAUUGUAUUUUUUCUUACAGGCUUUUUUGUUUCCUUUUUAUAAUUAUUAUUAUAAUUAUUAAUUUUAUGUUUGCUCUUCGACUUUCGAUUGAUGCUAUAUGCAUACAUUGAAAAUUUUGUGUGUUACUGUUAUUUUAUGCCAUAAUCUAAGCGGUGUUGGCAAAAGCUUUCCCCUUGUUUUUAACAGUUCAUUGUGGCCUUGGUUACCAGUUGUGCAUUGCAGUUAUGUAUAUCUUCAAUGUUAGGGGUUUGUACAAUAUAAUCAAAACAAUGUAUAGCAAUACCAAUAAAAUGGCAUGGGUCUCCUUGGACCAUAUUUCUUAAAACACA